AUGCUCACAAUAGAAAAUGCGAGCCUUACAGAUACAAUUGGCUGUCAGGUGUCUUCAUCAUUCGCGUCGCCUAACACAACCCGCAUUACGAAUUGCACAGACGAAGACGACGUGAUGGGUCCACGGUACCAUAAGCGCGUCCGCAUCGCCAUCAUUAUCAUCAUGAUCGCCUUAUCGGUGUUCGGAAACAGCGUGGUCUGCUGGAAGCUCGUCUUCAGAAGACGGCGCCGCCGCGUGUCCAAGGCCCGCGUGCUCUUCCUGAACCUUGCCAUAGCUGACCUCCACGUCGCUUGUAUCACGAUGACGUCACAGGUCGUCUGGGAGGUCAUGGGACGAUUGUGGAUAGCCGGCGACGUCUUCUGUAGGUUCCUCAAGUUUCUGCAGACGUUCGUCCUGGUGUCUUCUACGUACAUGUUGGUUAGCAUCGCCCUUGACAGACACAUCGUCAUCGUGACUCCACUGGCUCCGAGCCCAGAUCCGUGGAAACUGGCGAUCGCGACCUGGGCGUUGUCGUUAUUGCCGUCGCUACCGAACCUCUACGUGUUUAGGAGCAUGGAAGUAAGUCCCGGCAAGUGCUACUGCACGUCAAUCUUCUACGACCGUCAGACACCCAAGUACCACCGGCAGGUCUACAUGGGGUUUGUGUUCUUUAUGGUGUUCAUCGCGCCCCUGGUGCUACUCGUGGCCUUGUACGCUGGAAUAUUGUUGGUUAUCUGGAGGCAAGGUGCAAAGAGCAGCACAACGGGACAGCAGACCGCCUCGUCAUUUCCGAGAGCAAAGGUCAAGACCCUCAAGAUGACAGUGGUAGUGUUUGGCGCAUUCCUCGUCACCAACGUGCCAUACAUGGUCCAAGAAAUGAUCCUGGCUUUUGGGAACCCGGGAAUCCUGGACCACAACGUGGUGGCGCUAUUCGGCGUCAUCUCCGCCUCCAACAGCGCUAUCAAUCCGUACAUCUAUCUUUUCUUCCAGCGAUCGAAGCGACAGUGUGGAGGAUUCUGCAGUGCCCUACUCAAAGACGCCAAGACCUGGUUUUCAUGUCGUCGUCUCAGCAACCUCUGCAAUUCGCGGUCGCCGAGCUCUCCUACCACGAUGACGUCACUGAACCAUAAUGGAAACUACGCUAUGACCAGCUUGAACACAGGAACGCAGGUUGAAAUCCGGAGUCCAAACAAAUUUGAUGUGUGA